GAAUCUUAAGAGGCCCGCAUCGAAAAGUAUGAACAAUGUAUAUGAGAUACUUUAGAAUACAAAUUCCGUAGAUACACUUAAACCUAUAUAAGUGUGACGCCUCCAUUGAUGUUUCACAACAUCUUUGGUUGUAUAUAUAUUUUCCACAGCAUAAAGCCAGAAAUUAAUCCAUGUCGAAACUCAGCUUCCUCGGUCUCCACCGCAGUAAUUCAAAGAAACCCUCAUCUCCCAAAGCAACCAUUCGCUCAAAAGAAACCCACAAAUCCUCGAGCAUGCGCAGCAAAAGCUUUGAGCCAAACACCGACGAAGUGAGAAUGGUUUUCAACAAGUUCGACGCCAACGGCGACGGCAAGAUCUCCCUUCAAGAAUACAUGCAAGCCCUCCGCGUCCUCGGCGGCGCCACCACCAAACGCGAGGCAGCGCAGACAUUUCAGGCGGCCGACGCCGACGGAGAUGGAUUCAUUGACUUAGAUGAGUUCACUAAACUGUAUGGCAGCGACGCAGAUGCGAAGAGCAGCGAGAUUCAGUCGGCGUUUAGGGUUUUCGACUGCGACGGUGACGGCAAAAUCAGCGCGGAGGAGCUGAUGGAGGUGCUGCGGAGGAUGGGGGAGAGGCCCACUUUGGAAGGCUGCAAGAAGAUGAUAAGAGGGGUUGAUAGAGACGGAGAUGGGCUCAUUGACAUGGAUGAAUUCACCAACAUGAUGAAACAAAACAUCAAAACUGCCUAAACUAUAUGUUAUCAUCAAACUUAAUUAGAUUUAUAUAUGCGUGCUUCUUAUAAGGGAAGUUAAUCAAGAGCCUUGCUAAAUUUAUUACUAUUAUUUUUUAAUAUGUAAUCAUCGAAUUACCUGUCCUAUUUAAUUUCUGAUAUUAACUAUUCCGAUUUCAAAUAAUACAUCCAUUUUUCUCA